UUCUUGAAGACAAGCAUGAUCGAAAAACGAGCUUGAUAGAUUAACGAUUAUUAUUAGAUAAUUAGAAUAUUCUGUAUACAACAACAUCACAUUGCCGGUGUUUUAUACAUCUGGGUGUUGACUGACAUGUCGGACCGACUGAAAGAAUACAAAGAACGGUCACAACAAAGAAAGAAACUUCUGGCUCAAGCUCUUGGAGUAGAUUCACCAGAUGGGCUGAAAUCAGUGUUGAAGACAGGUGAAGGGAAAACAGAGUCAUCAAAAGAAAAAGAUAAAAUCUUAAGUGAAAGUGAAGAACCUGUAAGUAAAAAGAUUGCAUUAAUUAAUGAAACAGAAGAAGAUAAUAAACCAUCUGAAUCAGAUGGUGAAAAAGUAAAGAAAGAUGAUUUUGAAAAAGAUGAAUUUGAAGAUGAAAUUUACACAGAUUCUAGUACGUUUUUAAAGGGAACACAAAGUGCUAACCCACACAAUGAUUAUUGCCAACAUUUUGUUGAUACGGGUGAAAGACCACAAAACUUUAUUCGUGAUGUUGGACUUGCUAAUAGAUUUGAAGAAUAUCCCAAAUUACGAGAGUUGAUUCGAUUGAAAGAUGAAUUAAUUGAAAAAACCAACACUCCUCCAAUGUAUUUAAAAUGUGAUCUAGAAGAAUAUGACUUGAGGAACUUGAAGUGUAAAUUUGAUGUUAUACUAAUUGAACCACCUUUAGAAGAAUAUCAAAGAACACAAGGUGCUGUUUUUGACAGAUUUUGGAGCUGGGAUGAGAUUGAAAGAUUAGAUAUAGCAGCUGUAGCAGCUCAAAGAUCAUUUCUAUGGAUUUGGUGUGGAAAUGCUGAAGGCUUGGAUCGAGGAAGACAGUGUCUUAAACGUUGGGGAUUUAGAAGAUGUGAGGACAUUUGCUGGAUCAAGACAAACAUCAAAAAUCCUACACACAAGAAAAAUCUUGAACCAAAUGCUGUAUUUCAAAGAACAAAGGAACAUUGUUUAAUGGGUAUAAAAGGAACUGUUAAAAGGAGUACUGAUGGUGAUUUUAUACACGCUAACGUGGACAUAGAUCUCAUCAUUGAAGAAGAACCAGAAUAUGGGACCAAGGACAAACCUGUUGAAAUAUUUCACAUGAUUGAACAUUUUUGUCUGGGUAAACGGCGGUUACAUCUGUUUGGACGUGACAGUACCACCAGACCAGGGUGGUUAACACUAGGCUCAGAACUGGCUAGUAGUAAUUUUGAACCCGACCUCUAUUUGAGUAUGUUUGAAAAUGAACUUUCAGCUGUCACAGGCUGCACAGAAGAGAUAGAAAGAUUAAGACCAAAAUCACCUCCGCAUACCAACAAGGGUGAGAGGGGUCGUGGAGCAAGAGGGGGUUUUAGAGGUAGAGGUGAUUCUAGGGGUAGGGGGGAUUCCAGGGGAGGAAUUAGGGGUGGACGUGGCCGAGGAAGAGGUUCAACUAGGGGACGUGGUUUUACACCCAUACAUCGAGGUGUGUCAAAUUAUGAACCAAGAUAACAUUGAAAUCAAACUAAUACAAUUUUAUAUCAACAUUACAUUGUACAUAUUCUCACCUUAAUUCAGAUCAUUAAAUAAAUUUUUUAUAUACCAGCAUUUAAUAUUUGUUUAUUGUGACGACUCAUGUACAGCUCAGAUUAUGUUUUGAAAGAAGGGAUAUUAUAAAUAGACUCCAUCUGUCCUGCUUUUGUUUCCUGAGCAUCUGCAUUUUGUCAAAGUCAUUGAAACAAAUUUGACUUAGAUUUGGAAUACAAGGACAAUGGAUGAUGAUGACAGUCUUGUUGAAAUUAUUAAAGCCUAAGAUCCUUGUAUGAAUAAAAACAUAAACCAGAUGUAUCUAUUAUGGAAGAAGUGAACUGUAUGUAUGGAAUUUAGGUGGAAUGAACCAGGUAUGGUUGCGUUGACAAGACAUUUUUAAAACUCUUAUUUCACUCCUAAAUGUUUCAAAUCAAAAAUAAUCCUAUAUAUAAAUUGGCCUUUUAAAUGUGGCAAUGUUGAGCUCCGUUUCUAGGACAUUUAGGACUAACAUUGGUAAAUUUUAUUUUAAUAAUUAGCUAGUGCAUGUGGGCCUUUAGCAGUGGGAGGUCUCACAGAAAACUCACGAUGUUGAACAGGCAACCAUAA